CCUGGUGAGAGUCAGAGAGGUCCCAAGUAACAAUAUCCACCUGGACCACUGCCUCCCCCUCCACCCCAUGGUCCAGGUAGAAUUCCACCACCACCUCUUCCUCCUCCUUUCAGUCCAGGGAGAAUUCCACCACCACCCCCUCUUCCCACUCAUGGUCCAGGGAGAAUUCCACCACCCUCCCCUCCUCUUCCUUAUGUCUCAGGAUACAUACAGCCACCUUGCCAACCAGGAUCCUAUGGAACUGGACCUCCAUUGUCCCCUUACCACCAUAACUACUGCUUCUACUACCCAAAAUAUAACUUCCAACAGUACUUCUCAGAGACUUUUGCAUAA